GGCGGAGGGAGGCCGGGGGGCAGCGGGGAGGCGUGCGGGUGUGGAGAGAAACGAGCUCCUCCUGGCUGGACCCGCGGGGGCUGCAGGGACCCGCAGCAGGCGGGGGUGUCCCUCACGGCCUGGUGUCGGUCACGGGCUGCGACACGGUCCUGCGCGGGCUUUCUUGGCAGCCCCCGGGGCGAGAGGCCUGUGGAGCUUCGGGGACGUGGGGAGUGACAUUUCCCGAGCAGCGGAGCCGCAGGCGGGGUAGCCGUCCGCUCCGAGUCCGUCCUCUCCUCCUGCUCCAAGCUGCCCUGCGGUCCUGGAACGGACACUUGAAUCAGCCGUUUUCUGACGGGCUGGCAUUCCGGGAGCAAGAAGGAUGUCGUUGAAGCCAUUUACCUCUCCGUUGCCUGAAACAAGGUUUCUUCGUGCGGGCAGGCUGGUGUACAAGUUUAAAAUCCGGUACGGCAACUUCAACAGCGCUCCUGAUCUCGACAACACUGCAAGUGCUGCCAAGGAGUUAGAGGAAGCGAUUCGAGUCAUCCUUGGAAACCUUGAUGAUUUACAUCCGUUUUCUACAGACCACUUCACUAUCUUUCCGUAUUUGAGUAAAUGGGAGAGAGUAUCGAAGAUGAGAUUCAAACAUGGGAAGGUCCAUCUUGUGCCUUAUCCCUACAUUUGCACUGUGUAUCUAGAACUCAACUCAUUUCAGCAAAAUGUAUCUUGUGGUGAAGAAGUAAACAAGGGCAGCGAUGAGCUUGUCAAGAGAAGAAAGGAAGUGUCAGAAAGUCCUGCAGUGGAAGGAAGGGUGAAGAGGAGAAGAGUGGAAGUCGGAGCAGAGACCUCAUGCCCACAGUCGGGUAUGGACAGAACUGGAGCCGAGUGCGUUCACCAUAGGAGUAAAGCAAAGCCUGGAUUUGAAACGAAUUCCUCCAAAGAAAAGGAGCGUGAGUUUAGUCCAGCAUCCCUUACCGCGGGCUGUAACCAAGUGGGUUUCUGGGGACCUGUGGAAUCUCACCUUGAACAAAGAGCAGCAGCCGGUCAGGCUGAGGGUGCAGUGCAGCUACUGCAGCAAACGGACCAAAUGGUGAACAAAGGAAACGUGGAGUCCGAAGGAAGAGGUCUCUCAAAGUUCUGGAGAAGCAUAAUCUUUUCGCCACUACAGCAUCUUUUUGGUGGAAAGAACUGACCUGGAAGUACUAAUAGUUGUGGAAAGGUAAACUUGGAGCAUGAAGGUCGGGUUGUAUUGCUUCUUUUGUAAUUCAGCCUUUCACAUUGCUUGUCUCAGCUAUUAAAUGCUUUAAAUGAAAUUCCACUUUGUUUACGUUUUCAAAUUAACAUGCUGAAGAUGUUGGGCUAGAAUGUCUUUUUCUUCACAACCUAGAGGUUUUGGAAAAAGAGCAACAAGCUUUAAGAUUUUGAUCCUUGAGUGUCCUAAAUCGGGAAGUUUACAUUUAAAAAUCACUCAGUGAGAUUCUCAUAAAACAAGCAUCAACUUGGAACCGCGUGUUAUUUUCAUCAGUCUUACCCUGGCAGCAAACACUCUUUCCCUGCAAGAAGAAGUAGAGGUUU